AUGGGGCAACCAUCUUUUCAAGCCUCUAAUGCCCUCAUCUAUCUCACCUAUGGAGCCUUCCUGCUCCUUGGCACAGGCAUAGCCUGGAGGAUGAGAAGGCAAUCCAAGGUCGAGUUCCUCGCAAGCAAUGGAACACAGAGUGCUUUUCCUCUGGCUCUUAAUUUUGUUGCCUCUGCCCUCGGAGCUGGCAUCCUCUUCUCGUACCCGGAGCUGGCAACCAUCACGGGAGUCCAGGGUGUUGUGACUUACGCCCUGGCAUCGGCCUUGCCGAUGCUCGUUUUCGGUGUCAUUGGUCCCGUCAUCCGACGCAAGUGCCCAGAGGGAUUCGUCCUGACGGAAUGGACCAGACAACGCUACGGCACCGUCGCCAUGCUGUACCUCAGCUUUCUGACAUUGGUCACCUUGUUCCUGUACAUGGUAGCGGAAUUGUCUGCUCUUGGCCAGGUGGUCCAGGCUUUGACUGGGUUGGACAGCCUCCCCGUCAUCAUUGUUGAAUGCGUCAUAACCACCAUAUAUACCUCUCUCGGCGGGUUCAAGGUUUCCUUCCUCACCGAUGUCGUUCAAGGGGCCAUGGUCGUGGGCCUCAUCGUCAUUGCGGCCAUUACCGUCGGGGCCAAGGCGGAAAUUAGGCGAGAUCUUAUCGACUCGUCACAUCUUCUCGAGCCCACGCUUCUUGGCUGGCAGCUUCUGUACAUCUUGCCGGUUGCCGUCCUCACCAACGACUUCUUCCUUUCCAAUUUCUGGCUGCGUACAUUCUCGUCCAAGUCUGACAGGGAUCUCAUGAUUGGCGUGUCCGUGGCCACGGUUGUCGUUCUGUGCGUCCUCACGCUUGUCGGAUGCACCGGCUUGAUUGCCGCUUGGUCUGGAGCCUGGCCCGGCGAUCCAGCCCAGGAGGGAUCCCUGGCAUUCUUCCUGCUUCUGCAGAACCUCCCCGGCUGGGUGGUUGGCGUCGUCUUGGUCAUGGUGGUCUCGCUCAGCUGUGCUGCCUUUGAUAGCCUGCAGUCUGCCAUGGUGUCUUCGGCCUCCAACGACCUCUUCCGAAACAGCCUCAACAUCUGGUACAUCCGCGCCAUGGUGAUUGUCACCAUCAUCCCCGUGGUAGUGGUUGCGCUACGGGCCUCCUCCAUCCUGCAGAUCUACCUCGUCAGCGAUCUCCUCUCGGCAGCCACCAUCCCCGUGCUGUGCCUCGGCCUGGUCGACCGACUGUUUUGGUGGCGCGGCUUCGAGGUGGUUGUUGGCGGGUUGGGCGGCAUCGUGACGGUUUUCAUUUUCGGCACCAUAUACUACGGCAGUGCCGAGGCUGGCGGUAAGCUCCUCCUGCUCCAGAACGGCCUGUACGCCAACGACUGGAGCGCCUUUGGCGCUUUCGUGGCCGCUCCCCUGGGCGGUAUCCUCUGGGGGUUUGGCGCUCUUGGACUCCGCCUGUCGUUUCAGCUCGCCAAAGCCAAGGUUUGCCGCCAGAGGUUCGACGCCCUGGACCGUCCGACCACGGCUCGUCCUUGCAGCAGCGAUUCACCUUCUCCGCAGCGUGUCGUAGCUGGCACCGCCAAGGCCGGAAGGUUCUUCUGA